GACCUUCAAGCGGCUCUGGAAGCAGGUCUCGGAGAACCUGGACCUCUACCGCAACUUCCCUCGCCUGGCCGGAGAGUGCGGAGGGAAGAACUUCCACGUGCUGCACGGCUCGGCGGACGUGGGCAGCGCCGUCAGCGCGACCCUGCGCUCCGCAUUCGAGUUCGGCGGGCAGAAGUGCUCCGCCUGCUCCCGGCUCUACGCGCCGGCCUCGCUGUGGCCCCACAUCAAAGAGAAGCUGCUGGAGGAGCACGGCAAGAUCAAAGUGGGAGAUCCCACCCAGGACUUCGGGACGUUCUUCUCGGCGGUGAUCGAUGACAAGGCCUUUGCCCGGAUCAAGGGGUGGCUGGAGCACGCCCGGAGCUCCCCCAGCCUGACGGUGCUGGCGGGCGGCGGCUGCGACGACAGCGUCGGCUACUUCGUGGAGCCCUGCAUCGUGGAGAGCAGCGACCCCCGGGACCCCAUCAUGAGAGAGGUGGGGAACCCCAAAUCCCCAUCAUGAGAGAGGUGGGGAACC